AUGUCAACUGAACAACUUAAAGUUGCCAUUGUCGGGUAUGACGAACUAUGUGACAAGUUUAUGUAUAAAUUAGAAAAUGAAACCAAUACUCAUAUAGAGGUGUUAGGGAAAGAAAAAAUAAUUAAAGGAGAAAUUAAUUUAGAAAAUCAAAAAUUAGUAAUAACGUGUAUUGCUAAUGCUAGUGAGUUUAGUAUAGAAGAAUGUGGUACUGCUCUUAUUUUGUUUAAAGCUAAUGACCAAAGUAAAGAAACACAAGCACUAAUUGAUCAAAUGCAACUCAACACAGAAGAUAUUUUUGGUUAUUGUGAGGAAGAAACGAGAAUGGAUGGUAUUGCCCAAACUAAUCAAAUACCACCAAUGUCAACAAUCAAAGACGUUUUAUUGAUUGUUAGAAAUAUUAAAAAAAAUAGAAUAGCCAUUGGUGAUAUUCUUGCAUUGAAAGAAAUUGAAGAAAAUGCUCGUGGUGCUCUUGAAAAACAAAGAGAAAAAAACAAAAGAGAACUAGAAGAAUUCUCUAAACCGAUAGAACAAGCUUUAAAGGAUAAAAUUACAGAAGAAAGUCUUCUUCUUGGAGAACAAUCUUCUGAAGAAGUUGAAGAUAUUCAUUGGACUGAUGAUGAGGAAGAAAAGAAUGAAACAGAAACACAAAAAGAUAACAGAAAAAGAACUGGUCAAAUGGUUUUUGCCUCAAGUGGAAAAAUAGUUGCUGCACCACCACCAUUAAAGAAAAAACGAGUAACAAAACCAAAAACAAAGUCAAAAGUUAAAUCAACGAAUAAGAAAAAUAAAUGA